AUGAACCUGCUCAGCACUGUCAUCAACAGGCACAUUCAGAGAGCAGGCAUAGCAGCAUCCGACCCCAUCAUGAACAUGCUGCUGAGAGCAGAGGAAUGCUGGGUAGAGAGACUGAAGGACCCCUCUGUCCCACCUGCCCCUACAGACAAACGCUACGAUGGAGGCGAACACGACCACACCAUCCCCGUCAAGAACCUGACCCCCCUGUCCAUGCCCCUCUCUAAGAGGGACAGUCUGUUGGAGAAGUGUGCCAUGUUCAGUGAGGUGGGAGGGGGGCUGAGCAGAUAUCCUUCACAGGACAACGGUCUAGAUGGACCCACAGGACCCAGCAAACUGGAGCAGGCAAGUGAAGUUGAUGCCUCCGGCGCCUAA